AUGGCAGAAGCAGGUCACAAGUCUCCUGAAGCCCAGAAGAGCCAUCCAAAAACCAGGCAGGUCCCGAGAUCCCUGGGAAACCAGGUGUAUCUCUCUCCUGUCUUUCUCCUACUGGUCACAGUGGUCUGGGGAAGUCUACCCUGGUCAACACUAAACAGUGUAUCUCUCUCCUGUCUUUCUCCUACAGGUCAGAGUGGUCUGGGGAAGUCUACCCUGGUCAACACUCUGUUCAAGUCUAAAGUCAGCCGCAAGUCCUGCACCCCUAACUACGAAGAGAAGAUCUCCAAGACUGUCAAACUGCAGUCCGUCAGCCAUGUGAUAGAGGAGAAGGGAGUGAAGAUGAAGCUGACAGUGAUUGACACUCCAGGAUUUGGAGACCAGAUAAACAACGAAAACUGUUGGGAGCCUAUAGUAAGUUAUGUUAAUGAGCAGUAUGAGAGGUACCUGAAGGAGGAGCUGUACGUCAACAGGAAGCGGAGGAUCCCUGACACACGCGUGCACUGCUGCGUCUACUUCCUGCCUGCCACCGGACACUGGUUACGUCCCAUAGACGUGGAGUUCAUGAAGAGGCUGGGAAAGAUAGUCAGCAUUGUACCGGUCAUCGCUAAGGCAGACACACUCACUAUGGAGGAGAGACUGGAGUUUAAACAGAGGAUAAGACAGGACCUGAAGGCCAAUGGGAUCCGAGUAUACCCUCAGACUGAGUACGACGAAGAUCCAGAGGACAGGAUACUCAACGACAAGAUUAGGGAAAACAUUCCGUUUGCGGUGGUGGGGACAGACAAGGAACACCAGGUAAACGGGAACAAGGUCCUGGGCAGGAAAACCAAAUGGGGCAUCAUAGAGGUUGAAAACGUGGCGCAUUGUGAGUUUGCCAACUUGAGAGAUCUGCUGAUUAGGUCCCACCUGCAGGACCUGAAGGACGUGACCCACAACAUCCACUAUGAGACAUUCCGCGUGAGGAGGCUGAACGAGAGUAACCUGACCGUCCACGGUCUGGCCCUGUCGUGCUUUCCCAUGGAGAACGGGACCCACGGAACCAACGGAACCAACGGAACCAACGGAACCAACGGAACCUCGGACAGGAGCGAAUCAGAGAGCCAACUCUGAGGGGGACCACAAAGUGCGUCGCACACAGCAGCAGCAGCUCCAGCUUCCUGUUUCCUGUUUUGACCUGCAAUGAUUGGUCAACUGUUUCCCCCAAUCGGAACACACGAGAAAGAGAGCGAAAGAAAGAAAGAGGAACUUUAUUUUAACAAAGGAGAGAUUUUUUCGGUGGCCACCACACCUUCGACUUUGAAAUAACAUUUUAUUGAGUUUUACUAAAGACAUUAUUGAUAAGAAAUGCAUUUAAACUUCAUAUAUGAAUAUAUUUACUGAGAAUUAGUUUAUAUUUCCUGGAAGCAGGGUCACACAGGGCUGGAAGAGCAGAGAGAGAGAUGGAGAGCAAGUUCUCAGGAGAGAGAGAGCAAGAAAGAGUGGAUAGAGAGAGAGAGA